AUCAGGAUCAGCGGAAGACAGGAUUCAGGCUUCCAGUGGCAACCGAAUGCGCUUUAUAAGAAAGCACCUCAGGAAGCCUUCCAGCAGACAAGCACUGGAUUAAAACCCAUGUCCUCCUGGUUGCACUGAAGCUCUCGAGGUUGCAUGUGAGAUUUGUCUCGUGCAAGCUGCUGUGAGAUCAAAGUUGAUCGAAACCAGGAGCCGCGUACAAGAAGAUACAUUUCUAUCAGUGUGUGUAAGAGAGAGAGAGUGUGUGUGUGUGUGUGUGUGUGUGUGGAUUCGACGAUGUUGUGAGAUUUGCACCUUUCACCUAAUAACGACUUCAGCAAUAUUCAUCUACAAAUGCUGUGUUCCUGAUGGCUGGAGAAAUCUGACCCAUCAUCACACAUCUAAAGACAAAGGGAAGUGAGAGGACAUUGUUCAUAGCCCACGUGGGGCUAAACAUAAAAGCAAAAAAAGGUGUCAUGUCUUCCAGAGAGCGCCGCUCAGAGCUGCACAUAAAGGCCGAGCCCAGCAGUCCGGAGGGUGGAGGCGGCGGCGGGAGGACGAGUCCCGGAGGCGUCUCUUCUGAUUCCUCUCAGAGCGGUGGCGGAGGCAUACGUGGGGAAGGACCCGCACGUUACUCCUCACCUGUAUACAGUCCGGCGCUGCGCUGCCACUUUAAGGAGGACGGAGCGGACGGUGCGGACGAGGGCUCUACGGGCAGCAGCGGGGGACGAUGCAAAUACGCCCUGAGCACACUUCCGAAGAGGCUUUGCCUUGUAUGUGGAGACGUGGCCUCUGGCUACCACUAUGGCGUGGCCUCCUGCGAGGCCUGCAAGGCGUUCUUUAAAAGAACCAUCCAAGGUAACAUUGAGUACAGCUGUCCAGCCUCCAACGUGUGUGAGAUCACCAAGAGACGCAGGAAGGCCUGCCAGGCAUGUCGCUUUACAAAGUGCCUCAAAGUGGGCAUGCUCAAAGAGGGAGUUCGUCUGGACCGGGUAAGAGGAGGGAGACAGAAGUAUAAGAGGCGGCCUGAAGUGGAAAACGCUAUGUACCAGAGUACACCAAUACCUGUAAAGAAAGAAGGGGAAAGAGGCUCCCCCAGCAUCAUUGUAUCCCAUCUGCUGGUUGCCGAGCCCGAGAAGCUGUUCGCCAUGCCGGAUCCGCUGCAGCCUGACACCGCUCAGCGCACCCUUACCACGCUGUGUGACCUGGCUGACCGCGAGCUCGUCGUCAUCAUCGGCUGGGCCAAACAUGUCCCCGGUUUCCUCUCUUUGUCCCUGGCUGACCAGAUGUCUGUACUGCAAUCUGUAUGGCUGGAGGUGCUGGUGCUAGGGGUGGCGUAUCGCUCUCUCGGCUGCGAGGACGAAGUGGUGUUUGCUGAAGACUUCGUGCUGGACGAGGAAAUGUCACGUGUGGCUGGUUUGACCGAGCUCAAUGCUGCCAUCUGCCAGCUAGCGCGCCGCUUUAGGGCCCUGCAGCUGGAGCGCGAGGAGUUUGUCAUGCUAAAGGCCAUCGCUUUGACCAACUCAGACUCGGUCUACAUAGAGGACAUCGAGGCUGUUCAGAAGCUGAGGGAUCUCCUGCAUCAGGCUCUGUUAGAGCUGGUGAUGCAGCAGCGUCCAGAAGACCCUCAGCGUGCAGGUCGCCUUCUCCUCACGCUCCCCCUGCUCCGGCAGACCGCCAACCGCGCACUCACCACUUUCUACAGUAUCAAGACUCGCGGAGGUGUGCCAAUGCAUAAACUCUUCCUGGAGAUGCUGGAAGCCAUGAUGGACUCCCCCUAACGUCGAGAUACAGAACUAGGUGUACAACGGGUCAGCGAAAGAAGACAAGAUUUUUGUUUCUUUUUUUUUCUUUUGUAAGAUUUUUUUUUAUUAUUAUUAUUAUUAUUUGUUAAAAGUGCAGCAACUGAAAGGCAAGUCAGAGGUCCCUGCAAAUAUCAUUCAUGUGUUGUAAAAGCUUUGAUAUCGAGCAGCUAGUCAAGGUUCUUGAAUGUUCUCAUUCGUUUGAUUUUGAUUGGACUUUUUUCUCAAUUCAGAAUAUUUACUCGAUUGUUGGAAUAAUUCACUCAGAAGUUACAAGGAUAUCAAAGUUAGUUAGUGACCAUGACAGGUUUUUUUUUUUAUUUUUUUAAUAGAUUGCUUUAACAGAUGGGACCUUUUGGGAUCAGUGGAAAAAUUUGAGGGCUUCAGCGUUGCCAGGAAUUAAAUGUUUGGUUACUGCUAUUACCCCUUGUGAAACUAUAGCUAAGCCAUACAAAGAAAACACCGCUCAAAAUACAUACAGUAAACGUUAGGUGACCUCCUAAAGAGCCAUGUUUAACCUUCUUGCAGUCCCACUUGAGUGUGUAUAUGUGUGUGUGUGUUUGUGUAGACCAUUUUAUGGACAAGUACUUGCUGUUAUAUGUAAGUACUCUCGUGACUGAUUUACCCAGAUCGUUUUGUGGUUCGAACUGAAAUAUGCAAGACAUAUACAGGAACGUUAGACCUACAGGGUGAACAGGGGAUAAAGUAAUUUAGGAGUUACCCAUGACCGGAGCAGAACUCUAGUACAUGCUAGAACAUGCAAUAUAUAUAUUUAAAGCAAUAUGUACCUGUAGAACAAGUGCAAGAAGUCGUUCAAGCAUUUUAUUUUAUUUUUUUUCCGUACAGAGGGGGGCGCUGUUGACUCAAGGCUUUUGUUUCGUUUAAGCUCUGUAAUGUCGUGGUACACAAAGGCGAUGCUGUCGAAUAGGCCAGCACUCUUCUUCUUCACGCAGGUUCCACGGAGAACUUUGUACAUGCAUUUGUGUGUGUAUGUGUGUGUGUGUAUGUGUGUGUGUGCAGUGUGUAAGAGCACUGACGCAAUGGUGCAUUUAGAUCAGGGUUAAAAGAGCCACCUCGGGCCCUGUAGGCCAGCUGGCUGUGUACAUGGAGUCUGCUGCUGUGCUGUGGAAAGUCGUUGUUUUAUAAUCCACCUGCAAGGACUGAGUUCGAAGCUAAAACUCAAGGCUUCACCCGGUGUGGCUGGGAGGCCAGACAGGAGACAUGUAAGCCCCGAGCACGAGACUGAUAACAAAGCUGGUGAAUCGUUAUGCCUCUUUCGCUCUGAAAGCCUGACAAGGAUCUGAUCCAGGAUCAACUUGAAUCCUCAUUGAUGGACGUGUAUGCGGCGCGCGGCCCUCGUCGGUCGCACACUAUAUGACUUUUAUGACUGUAUGAGAGCGUCACUUGGUACAACAUGAAGAGCCUCACGAUGGGAAAAAAACAACACAAAAAAAAACAAUGUCUCACCUCACAACCCAUGACCAUUCUUGUAAUGUUUCUUUGACAUCAUGUUGGUUUUCCGAGCCGUUUUUUUGUCUGUUUGUUUGUUUGUUUGUUCGUUUUGCAGACGUUUGUCUGGUAUUAUAUGCAAUCAUUUUCAGAGCCCUACAACUCUGCUACCUUCUUAUUUAAUUAUUUUUUUUAAACUCAAAAGUAGGAAGAAAAGCCAACUGCUGUCCAGACCAAGGCAGGAAAAUACAUACAUAUACAUAUAUAUAAUAAAAUCAAACCACUAAUCAACAGUUUCAGACCUCUGAGAUUGCAGUGUGUCUUCAGGGUGUUUUGCUUUUCACUGUAUGUUUAUGUGUACGAGGUACGCUCACUUCCUGUACGCAAUUAAUUCCCAGUUCUAAGCUGUGAUUGAAAUCUUUCUUAGAUAAUUUCCAACGAAUAUAAGCUCAUCUCUUCUUGUAGGAAUCCCCUCCAGCCCCGAAGUGCCAUGGGAGCUUCUGAUCUUCGAGCAUGAGCUUCGGUUCACCUUUUGUGGUUCGUCAGAGUUUGGUUGACUUGAAACGUAGACUUCGAGUGUAUUACUCGACUGUUACGUGUCCUCGAGCUUGGUACGGAAAUAAAGCAAUCUGGGUGAAUGUUGUAAAAUAUGACUUUUAUUGAUUUUUGCCUCUCUUUAAAUGCUUUGGUUUUGUCAUCGAGUGCUGACAAACUGAAGAAUAACAAAAGCCAGGGAAAGAUGUGUUAACAUGUUUUUAAUGUGACCUAAUAAUAAUAAUAAUAAUAAUAAAAGCGUUGCAGAUUUCGGGCAAUCAAAUACGUGGUCUUGAACACUGAUCUACUUCCUCAAUCUCUUUCUAGCAAAUUUCAGUCCUGUACUGUUCUCUCUGUUCAAUCUUACUUAACCUACUUAACACUAAAAUACAUUUGGGAUAGUUUUCUGUAUAUUAUAUUUAGUUUUUUUUUUUUUCUUGUCCUGUUUUAUAUACAGAGAUGAACAUGUCUCUGUGUUCACGGCGCAGAAUGUGUACAAAACUAUAGAUGUCCAUAGGGUCCAUUCGAAGGAAGAUGUAAACAAUGUCAAUGUUUGUGUGAAUAAUUCUAAUAAUAAUAACUAUAAUAAUAAUAAUAAUAAUAAUAGCAAUUAUAAUUCUAAUACAUUAGUGUUUUCAUCCACUAUCAACAUUGUAUGAUGCCAUUUUGUAAUCGUCGACGUUAGAUGAGAUUUUGCGACAGCCAUCAUUUAGAAAAGGAAAAAAAAUCACUUAAAGUCACGGGUAGCUGUUAGUGUGUCUGUGUAUAUUUAUGUAAAUGAGCAAUACCAGAAUUUACCAAAACUCUGUUUUGACCUUUCUCUGUAUAGUGACCUACUUGUAAAUCAAACCUUAGCAGUAAUAACAGUGUUAAAAAUCCACAGAAAUGAUACAGCUUCUAAAGUUAAGAACAAAUCAAUGUUUGUAUUUAAAAAAAUAUUGUAUUUAAAAGAUUAAAUUCUAUUUUUUACUCAAUUUGCUGAUGUUUAUUAAUAUUAUUUGGUGGUUUUUAUUUUCUGUGGGUUUUAGUAAUGAUUGUGGAUGUCUCUGUGUGCUAUUUCUUUUUCUUUCUUUUUUCAUAAAAAGCUAAAUGUUUCUGCAGUAGUGACUCUUUCAGCAGUUUGUUCAUAUUGAAUCACUGUGAUUAAAAGGCAAACACUAAAACACCACAGGAAUUUAAGGGUAUUUUAAGAUGUUAUCGGUGUCAUGUGUUUUGUAAUAAAUUAACACCCGCCAGAA